AAGAGAUUUCUUCUUUGACGCUAAAGAAAGAUCCAAAAAUUCAAAGAUAUAUGAUGACGUUAUCUAUAUUCUUUUGACUUGUUGAACUCAUGAUCAAAUUGCAUUUACUUAAACACCCAACCGAACAACAAUUGAAGGGUUGAUGUGAACAGUUGCCUAAAAAAAUGGUUUCGAGCGCCAUUGAUCUUUUGAAGAAGGAGAUUCCACUGGAGCAGGAAUCUGUGGUUUUGGCUGAAGAUGCUGUGAACGGUCUUGUUCUUGUUGAUAUUAUCCAUGGCUUCUGCACGGUUGGCGCUGGAAAUUUGGCACCAAGAGAGCCAAAUAGACAAAUAUCUGAAAUGGUGGAAGAAUCAGCAAGAAUUGCAAGGAUUUUCUGCGAGAAGAAAUGGCCUGUGAUGGCAUUUAUUGAUUCUCACCAACCAAACAAACCUGAGAAACCAUAUCCUCCUCACUGUAUUGUUGGUUCUCAUGAAUCGAACUUGGUUCCAGCUUUGCAAUGGGUGGAGAAGGAGGCGAACGUGACAAUAAGGCGAAAGGACUGCUUCGAUGGAUAUAUGGGCUCCUUCCUGCCUGAUGGCUCCAACCUUUUCGUGGAUUGGAUUAAAAAUAAUCACAUCAAAUCUCUUUUGGUGGUUGGAAUAUGUACGGACAUUUGCGUGCUAGAUUUUGUGUGCUCCACUAUGUCUGCAAAGAAUUUAGGGUUUCUUCAUCCUUUAAACGAUGUCGUUUUGUACUCUCGCUCUUGUGCAACCUUUGAUAACCCUCUUCAUGUUGCUAAAAACACCAACUCGGCUCUCCCUCAUCCUCAGGAGUUCAUGCAUCAUGUAGGCUUGUACAUGGCAAAGGAAAGAGGAGCAAUCAUAGCCAACAAAAUAUCACUUGGAACCAACAUAUAAACCCACCAUACUAAACUAGUUGUUUACCCUCUCUAAUGGCAAACCUUAGAGAAAUGUAACCAAAUAAAUAAAUUAUGAUCUUGAUCUUCCAAACAGAUCAAACUUAGAGUAUGAAACUCCCACUAAAAGAAGAGGAUAUAUAGUACAGUCUUCUUCAUGAGCGAUUCUUAUGGCA